AUACGUGUCCAGCUUCACUUGUUCUCUGGUUUCACCUCGGGGCAUCAUCAGUGAUAGAUCAAGUGGAAUCCGAGAUACUGCAAUUACUUCUCACUCGAUUUCUCGCCUUUGUUUCAAUCUCAUUCUACCUGCAAACCCAAAGUUGACGGAAUCCAGCAUGUCUUACGGAGACGAUCGUCGCGAGUACGGAGGUGGAGGUCGAGGUGGAGGAAACUACUACGAUCAAAGCCAACGCUUUGAUGAUGAUGCACAAGGCCGUGGUGGUGGUGGUGGUGGCUACGGCAGGGAAGACGGAAGUCGUGGGGAUGGGUACGAAGGACAGCGACGAGGUUAUGGUGGGGGUGCCUACGAUGAUGGUCAAGGCAGAGGAGGUGAUUAUGGUGGUGAUCAACCUCGUCAUAAUCGCCGUGGGGAAGGUGGCUAUGGCCGCCAGGAGGGGUAUGGUGAUGAGCCACCCCGUCGUCAUGGCCGUGAGGAUGAGGGUGGAUACGGUGGUGACUCUGGAGGCUAUGGUGGCGGUGGUGGUAGUGGCGGUCGAUUCAAUCAAGGACAUGGCGACUCUGGUGGUGGCUAUGGAGGAGCUGGUUCUGCUGACAUCGAUCAAGACGAGGUCAUGCGGCAUAGUCAGGGACAGGGCAACUCGGAUGAAGGCGGUCUAUUCUCUCAAGCCAUGAACUUCCUCAACAACAACAAGCACAGUGCUCAGUCGGAGGACCUCGAUGAAGAUAGACUUCAGCAAAGCCACCAACAACUCUAUCAGCAGGGAGGCGGCGGCCAGCAGCAUGAUGCCACCAGUCUCGGUGCUGGAGCUGCUAUGCAAGCACUGAAGAUGUUUUCUGGCGGAGGCUCCGGAGGCUCCGGUUCACAAUCCCAAAUGAUAGGCAUGGCCAUGCAGGAGGCUUCGAAGUUGUUCGACCAGCAGAACAGUCAAGGGAAUGUCUCAGGUGGUACAGACAAGCAAUCAGUCGUCAACCAGGCAGCCAAGAUGGCGCUCCAGAUGUACAUGAAGAGCCAGGGUGGUGGUGGCGGUGGUGCCUCAGGCUUGAUGAGUCUAGCCAGCAAAUUUUUCUAAAAGCUUGACGCGACCGAGCAGUACCAAAACCUCCGGAUGCGACCGAGUGGCCCACGCAAAUCCGUCGAGAGAGGGCGACCGAAACCAUCACGAAGAGCUCAUCAUGUGUAGCCUACGCAGCAGCGAGAGGGAAAUGUAAGCAGCUGCUUGUGACCGCGAAGAGGAGCUUUUGUCCUGAACAGCAAAGAACACAUCGGAUUAGAUACCUCCAAGUAGUAUUUAAAGCUCGAGCUUGACAUGCACAAUCCCGGAUGUUCGCGUGGA